AUGUUAAUUGUAACUUUGACCGCGUUAUUCGCGGUUUUAUUUGUUAGCGACGCGGUGCCUGCACCUACGAAUAACAAAGAUGGAGGUGCAAUCAGUGAACUACCAGACAACUGGGAUCAAACAAAAGAUGAUACGCAGUCUCUUUUUCUGAAUAAAAGCGACAAAAAUGAUCUUGAACCGUAUCCCCUUGCUUUAAGUGAAGAAGGUAACGUAGAGGCCUAUGAACAGAAUGUGGACCAACGUUUUGAUUCACCUCAAUCAACUGGUGAGCUUGACAAUCUUAUCAUGAGACCUGAAUUGUACGGUGAACCACCAGCCAUGGAAGGUUUAUCUUCUGGAUACGAUUCUCGGCGACGUAAACGAGGAAGUGGCACCAAGGUUGGAGGUGCUGGUGCGGCAACUAAAGUGGCCACUAAAUCUGGCUCAGGCAAAAAGAACUUGAAACCCGAGGAUGCUUUGUCUCCAAUAGAUUCAGUGUCUCAGGAUCACGAUGUUCAUCGCCUAAAACGCGGAAGUGGUACUAAAGUAGGUGGAGCAGCCGCGUCAGCCAAAACGGCAACUAAAAAUUCUGGUGGAAAUAAGAAAAAUUUCAGGCCUAUAUCGGAACGCCGCAAGCGUGACUCUGGCCUAAGUCCCGCUGAUGUUCGCACAUUAUUAAACUUGUGGGAAGCACAGGAACGUAGAAAACAAGAAUGGAACGCAAAUCAAUGGGCUGCUGAACAUAAUGGUUGGUAUGGCCGAAUGAACGCGUUAGAAGAAGAUCAACCCGAAGUGGAUGAGAAUGGUGAUGUAUGGUAUAAUGAACCAGUCGUAAUCGGUCCUCGUGAAAGAGACUUUCCCCGUCAUUCUUACUUCUCUGAACAAAAUCGUAUGGCAUUAGCGCAUGGUUUGCCCGACAUGUACCAAGUAGAUCCAAACGAACUGGCCCAAAGGUAUGAGGAAAACCGCCGUAAAAGACAGUACGCGAACAAGAUGAAACGAUUCAUGGUGGCAAGAAAACGUUCGGACGAACCACCGGAUGGCUCAUUGGAUGUUUCCGCUACGUCGUUAACAAGUGUUCGAUCAAAUAUCAGUUUUUUAUCACAUUGGUCGGAUGGUCAAAAUCCUCAUCUGAUAAGGGCUGUAGAAUUUUUGCAUGAAGAUAAGGAAUUUCUAGUUGCUGCUGAAAUCGGCAAUGAGAAAAUGCUUCAAAUCCUUAUUAGGGAAGGUGUUGACGUACAGCAAAGGGAUCACCUGGGGAGGAACGCUCUUCAUUUGGUAGUCUGCACUGACAGCGAGCAAGCACUUCAUAUGCUUCUAAAUGCUGGAGUCUUUACAAAUGUGAAAGACAACGUGGGCAUGACACCGCUCUCAAUUUGUCUAAUGAGAAGGCCUUCUUUAAAAAGAAUAAACCUUCUCUUUGAUCAUGGAGCUAAAAUCUUGCCGAGGACAAGCCCUAUGGAUACGGGUUUAUUUCUUCAAUUUGUCAUGAUGAGCACUCCGACAGAGGAAGAAGUGAAGAUACUACAAUUGCUUACAACUAAGGGAGGUCUUAUUAAUGAUCCAAAAUCUCCAGGUGGUCGUCAAGGGCUCCAUUUUGCAGCUAUGAGUGACAACUGUGAACUAAUUCACGUCUUAGUUGACCUUGGAGCCGACUUGUUUCUCGUAAACCAUCGCAAUGAAACACCUAAAGAAGUAGCGUUAGCCUUCAAAUGCAGGAAAGCAUAUUCAGUUUUGAACCAAUUGGAAGCUUUGUACAGAGAAAUCAGUUCAACUAACACAACAUUAAAACUUACUUUAUAG